AAUUUGCAGAUUCUCUUUCUCGCAGGUGCUCAGUUUAAACCACAAUCCGGACCCAUACGUGUUUUUCUUUAGGUGUUUUUAUAGAAAACAAUUCACGAAAGCUCGUUCCAAUCAAAUAACAAAGGAUUAACAGCUGGAGAAUGGACCACGUGGCUGCCAAUAAUGAGAUUAUCCGUAUGAGAGCAACAGUGCGGAAGGCACGUGUUGGUGUCAUUUGGAAGACCACAAAACAAGCAAAACUCCUCAAAAACCGAACACAUGGCGAUGAAGUGACCCUCCAGAAAUUCAAAAAAAAAUCAGAGAAGUUGAUAAAAGAAAUAAAAGCAAUCAAAGCUCUUAAGGACGAUGAUAUCGCGAAAUUUGCAAUUCUCAACACGAGAAGUCUUCAAGAAGUUCUCGCAGACUCCACGAUUGACAGGAGGACUCGAGUAAUGACGAAGCUAGCAUAUCACAAGGGCUUGAAAGAAGCAGUGGAUAAGUUCAAGGAGAAAUUCCCAAACUAUCACUUGGGAAAAAGACAAUUAGCGAAUAAUAAAUUGAGAGAAUCUUUGGGAAUCAAAGCUCUACCUGGUAAACCUGGAACAGUCGAUCCACACGAAGAGGAUCGAGUGAAAUCAGAUAGUGCUAAUAAUAAUUUUAAUGAGGAUGGAGAUUCCGAAGGUGAUGAACAAUCUGCGACAGAGACAUCUUUACAAUCUGAUAAUUGCUCGGAAAAUUCUGAUGCAGAAUUAAUAGUGAAGACAGAAAGUGGAGAAGAACCUCCAGCACUUGAGGGAAAUGACAUCAAAGCCAAAAAGACAGUCUCAUCCACGGAAAAUGGAAAAGUUGGUAAACGAAAAAUUAAAUCAGCCUCCAAUAGUGAUACGAUAAAAUCAAAUAUUGUAGAAGAAACUCCAGGAGAAAUUUCUUCGCUCCCUUCGAAAACAUCUAAGAAAUCCUCGAGGAAUAACGCAAAAACGCCCUCGAAGGAUUCUCCGAAUACUAAUUCAACACCAGAACUGGAAAACUCGUCGGAAAAAUCGCGGAAAAGUCGACCAGUGAGUCAACUUGCCUCAAUAAAACUUUUGAAAAUCGGAGAGUCCCUUGAAGAAAUCGAAGGAGUAUCAGAGGCUCCUAACUCACCUCUACCCGAAUGUAAAAUUGAGCUCGACACAGUAGAGGACUCUUUCUUCAUAUCUGCAGCUCCUGGAGGUGUUUACAAGUCAGUGGUCGUCCCUCGCCCUGAUACAGGAACCGUGGAAGACGAUGACUCUCGUAAUGAAUUCAAGGAAUCAUUUCACCGGAGAAAACAAGGCGGCAUCUCUUCUAAACGCGGUGCAGAAACAUCGGGUUAUGGAAAGGAUCACAAGGUGCGGCGCAAUGAUUUUGAUAGGAGUAAAACAGACUUUUCCGGGAGACAAGGACCAGGGAAAGACAAAUCUGGAAUGCAAGUUAGGAGAGAUAGGAAAUUUGACAAUAAAAAGGAUAACCACACUGUCACAAAAGAUAAUCAUGGGGAAAAUUUACAUCCAUCUUGGAUAGCUAGGAAAAAACAGCAAGAGAUCUUGAAACAAGGAUUUCAAGGGAAGAAAAUUGUAUUUAGUGAUGACUAAGAAAAUGUAUGUUUGAAUUAUAUGGUGUUUUCAAAAUAAAAAUUGUGUUCAACGACGA